AUGGAUGUACAGACGCAAUCUCGAGGAGCACGUAUCUUCUCGAUCUUGAACGACAACGAUUGUCCCUCGUUCGUUAUUCGCCCCAGACAAUCUACCCGGUCUUCUCCAGAGUCUGAGUCUGAGUCUGAGACCCGCCGGUCAUCAGCCUCCCCAUCGUACUCUCCGUCGCAGAGGGAAGAGCGGCCGGUUCUUCUGCGUCAACCAAAGUACGCAAGAGCAUCGUCCGUCUCCUCGGUCGGCUCGCCCCCUCUUUUGCGACUCUCAUCUUCGUCGUCCAAGGGUUCCAGUUGCAGCAUGGACUCCUCCCCGUCCCCUGCGACGCCGUACAACUAUGUGGACAACAGCCUCUUGCACUAUGACCCGCUCGUGCGCCAAGACCUCGUGGGCUACUUGCCAUCUCCCACCACCGUCACCCCAUUCCUAGAACAACAAUUGAUGAUCACCCCCAACAUGCCGGACCAAUUCUCUAGCAAGCUGAUGCAUCCCCUCACCCCUGCUCAGUAUCCCCUUGUGCCCGCACCGCUUCAUCCGGGUCUCCAACACCUCCCUCACCCCUCAACGGCCAACGUUGCGACUGCGCCUGUCCUACCUCCCGUCACCUCGGCUCCUGGGAGUGACCAAGCAAGAACCUCGCCUUCGGGGAGCUCAGGUGCUGCUCCUGCAAAGAAGAACAAAUACCCCUGCCCCUUUGCGCAGUCACAUAAUUGCCAGGCAACCUUCACCACAUCGGGCCAUGCGGCGCGCCACGGGAAGAAACACACGGGAGAGAAGGGGGUGCACUGCCCUGUCUGCAAUAAAGCCUUUACACGAAAGGACAACAUGAAGCAACAUGAGCGCACCCACAAAGGCAUGUCGGCGUCCGGGAGCACGAGCGAUGAGUCGACGCGUAAAAGCAAGGCUGCCAUCACCAAAGACGCGCAGAAGGCCAAACAACAGAAAAAGUUGGACAAGAUCAAUACACAAGCCAGUCGUCGGUCCAGUUUGAUCCAUUCGCCUCUGUCCGAGGUGACGUCCAUUGCUCCGACAGCCAUCGACACCCCCCUCAAUGUCGAUGAGUCUGCUUUCUACCACGACCCGCCUCAAGUGCUUAUGCCCAUCCAAACCAUCCCAGAGAGCGUCUCUCCCAGCUCUCUCUACCCCCCUCUCAGCGACGAUUCUCUGUUGAACAGCACUCACAUCGGGCAACUGGGCAAAUCCACCCACCACACCUUGGCCGGAGGUGGCCUGUUGCCACCCAUGCCCCACGCUCUGACCCGUGGGUUUUCUGACCUGGAUACUCUUGCACAGGCGGCCGAAAGUUUCGAUACAUCUUUCUACCACCAAAACUUGUAA